GUCUAUGGGUAAGGGUCCUAGGGUUCUCAUCAUUUCUAGCCCUUCCCUUUCUCUGUUUUUCUAUUGAAAGAUUUGGAGCGGUUUGUAGAGCUACAGUACAUCCAAAAUCGGCUCACUCUCGUUGUCCAUAGCUUCAGCAGACCUAACUCUCAGAUCCCGUUGUUUCUGGGCCUCCACUAGUUUUUAUCACCGGCGAGAUUUGGCCGGAGAAUGGCAUAUAUGUGUGCGGACAGUGGGAACCUCAUGGCGAUAGCUCAGCAGGUCAUCAAGCAGAAACAGCAGCGAGAGGAACAGCAACAGCAACACCACCACCAUCACCACCACCACCAACAACAGCAACUCCUGGGCCUCAAUCCCCUCUCGCUAAACCCAUGGACCAACACUCACCACUCUUUGUCCGGUUCUCCGAAUUCGGCUUUCGGCGGGCUCACCGGUACUGGGUUCUCCGACCCAUUUCAAGUCGGCGGUGGGGCAGAUACCGGAGAACCCGGGUUUCAGUUUCCGAACUUAGAGCACCACUCGACGACUGCGUUCAGGUUUUCUGAUUUCGGUGGUGGAGCGGGUGGCGAGUUCGACUCGGAUGAGUGGAUGGAGAGCUUAAUGGGCGGUGGGGAUUCAACGGAUAGUUCCAAUCUGCCCUCCGGAUACGACGCGUGGCAGAGCAAUGCUGAUUUCGGACUCUACGGUGCCGAUCCGUUUACCACCUGCCCCAGUCGAGUCAGCGUUGCUUGCUGUCCGCCGUCCGAUCUCAACCGAGUCAUCUUUUCGGAUACUCAGAAGAGUCCGCUUCAACCCGAGGUCCCCUCGUGGACACCACCUCCGCCACAAGCGCCGUCUCCACCGGCCGUGAUUAAGGACUCCAAGCCACCGAGCCCACACAAGAACGACGUCGUUGGCGUCUCGUCUAGCUCGUCACCGGAAAUCGAAUCUGCACCGCCACUGCUAAGAAAACUCCUCGACUGUGCUCGACUUGCCGAGUCCGUGCCUGACCGUGCCGUGAAGUCUCUGAUUGGGCUCGGGAAAUCGGUGUCAGACCACGGAGAUCCGAUUGAGAGGGUGGCCUAUCACUUCUCUCAGGCCCUAUACAGCAGACUAUCCGUACAGAAUGAGAACAGCUCGACUGUGAUUGAAACAGAGACCACGUCCGAGGACUUCACGCUCACUUACAAAGCUCUGAACGAUGCGUGCCCGUACUCAAAGUUUUCGCAUUUAACAGCCAACCAGGCGAUACUCGAAGCUACGCAGACAGCAACCAAGAUUCACAUAGUGGAUUUUGGCAUCGUGCAAGGGGUUCAAUGGGCCGCGCUCCUUCAAGCCCUGGCAACCCGGUCCACCGGCAAGCCUACAAUGAUUCGGAUCUCGGGCAUACCCGCACCAGCUCUGGGGAAAUCUCCGGCGGCGUCUCUGCUAGCCACUGGCAACCGGCUCCGCGAGUUCGCUAAUAUUCUCAGAAUAAACUUUGAGUUCGAGCCAGUGCUAACCCCGAUUCAGGAGCUCAACGAGGCGAGCUUCCGGGUCGACCCGGAAGAGGCCUUGGCCGUGAACUUCAUGCUUCAACUGUACAAUCUACUUGACGAAACGCCAGUCGCCGUCGAAACGGCUCUCAGGUUGGCGAAGUCGCUGAACCCAGAAAUCGUUACUUUGGGCGAAUACGAGGCGAGUUUAAACCGGGUCGGGUUUGUGCCCCGGUUCAAAAAUGCGUUGAAGUACUACUCGGCAGUAUUCGAAUCUUUGGAGCCCAACUUGACCCGAGACUCGCCCGAGAGGCUCCAAGUUGAAAGACUAUUACUGGGUCGUCGAAUCGCCGGUGUGGUUGGACCGGAGGAAGCGGGAACCAGGAGAGAGCGUAUGGAGGACAAGGAGCAGUGGAGGGUUUUGAUGGAAAGUUCCGGUUUCGUGUCCGUAGACCUCAGCCAUUACGCAGUGAGUCAGGCUAAGAUCCUUUUGUGGAACUACAAUUACAGUUCCUCCUACUCUCUGAUUGAAUCUCAACCUGGGUUUCUAUCUCUUGCAUGGAACGAAGUCCCACUUCUCACUGUUUCUUCGUGGCGUUGACUGGUUUGGUUUCAAGCUUGGUAACAGUUUCCACCAGGUCUUUUUUCUCCGAUGUGGAACGAUUUAGUGUCUAUACGCCAUUGACGAUCAGCUUAUUAUGGAACUUAGUCAUGCUUACUGAAAUUACAGUUAGUAUUCAUUGCAAUCUAGUAGCAUUCAAAUACUGCAUUUCCACAACCUCUCCGAAGCUUUUUUGGGCCUGAAUCUGCUUGUUAAAUUUGCAGUUUGUGCUUUAGUUUUUUUGACUUCAUCAUCGCUUUAUAAUGUUGUUUAUGCUUUUUUUGUUGGGUUUUUUGUAACAUGUUUGGGACUUAGAAUAUGGCAAAUUGUAAAAAAGGGAAUUGCGAAUCGAGGGGAAAAGGAAAAAUGUUUCUUUUCCUUGGUGUCCGUACUUUUUGUAUGUAAAUUUAAAUCCAUGAUGUGAUUUUUAGUUCAA